AUGAACGAUGCGUUGAAUGUCCGCAACACCCACUUUACCAUAUCUGUUUUUAGCCAAGAAAACUACGCUGACUAUGGCCAUCAUCGCAACAGCUUGAAUGGCUUGCUAAACCUCCUAUCCACCAAAACUCCGGCAACCGGAUUCGGACUAGCCUCAACCGGGCCACCAAGAGGCAGAGGCCAUGUAAAUGCGUUAGCUCUCUGCCGUGGCGACGUUGCGAAAAAAGACUGUAAAACUUGUGUCGCAAAUGCUGGUGAUGCUCUUAUUGAUCGUUGCUCUAAUAACAAGGGAGCGAUUAUUUGGUACGAUGACUGUUUAUUGAAAUACUCGAACUUUAACUUCUUUGGAGACAUUGAUGAACAAAACAAGUUUUACUUGUAUAAUUACCAGGAUGUGGAGAAGAUGAAUCCUGCCCUGUUUAAUAAAAAAGUUAAGGAGUUGUUAAGUGGAUUAUCAGGUAAAGCUUACGGGAAUAAGAAGUUUUAUGCAACAGGAGAGCUAAAGCUUUUUGGAGGGAAGUAUAAGAAGAUAUAUGGUAUGGCUCAAUGUACUAGAGAUCUUUCUAACAUGGAGUGUAAGAAAUGUCUUGACGAUGCUAUUAAUGAACUUCCAAGUUGUUGCAGUGGUAAAAAAGGAGCAAGAGUGGUGACUGGAAGCUGUAAUGUUAGAUAUAAGCUUUACCCUUUUGUCAAUGUGCCUAAAGUUAAUUAG